AUGGGCUAUCUUCUUUCUGGAGCCGCUUACUCGGAUUACGGCACUAAGCGGAGCUUUUGUCAUUUUUCCCGCGCGCGGCGCCGGGCGCCCUUGCACCCCAAGAACAGCGCGGCCGCCUCGCUUGCACACGCGCCGGCCAAUGCUAUCGCACAAACGCGAACGGAGGCAGCGCGCGCAACACUGGUCGCGCGAAAGCCCGCCCUAAAACACACGCUCGAGUCGCUUCCGCCGGACCUUCUUUUCCAAAUAUUCUGCCAUGUAGGCGUGGGCGAGUGCAACCAGCUCCAUCUUGCCAACCGCCGCAUGCACUCGCUCUUUUCUCAUCCGCGCCCCUGGGUAAUUGACAUGGUAGUCGGAGCCCACUACUCGUCGCCGUUGAAUGUCGGCGUGGAAAAGUGGCGGAGGCGUGUGGAGAGGAGAACGCGGCGCCUCGCGCCAGACGACGAGGCUCGCGCACGCGCAAAGGAAGAUUUGUCUGUAAUCGGGGCCACUCCACGGGCCAUAGACGUGCGGUUUUUCCGUCUCCGGUUGGUGACCAGUGAAACGGUGGAGCAUGUUGCACGGCGGGGUGCGCUCGUUUUGGAUGCCGAAACUAUAGAGAGCGAGCAAGCACAGCGUGUGCGGUUGCUCCAAUUCCACCUUCAUGUUCUCAAACAGAGAGGGGCGGACGCAGAACGAGAAGCGGAGAGAGAGGGAGAAAGAGAAAGAGAGAGAGAGAGGCAGAGAGAAAUUCCAGUAGGCUCGGAAACAGAAGGCGGCUUGGGGAACGACACCGAGAACCACCAGAGAGAAAACGGCGCCGACAAUGAACCCACCGAUUCGUCGAGCGACCCUGGCCGCAUCCGCGCCGAAAGAGAACUUGCGGCCCGCUUCGGCGUGCUACAGUACUCUCCCGCGCGCGCCAGUGUAUGUGUUCCGCCCGACAUGUAUCGCCGCGUGAACGCGCGCAAACUUGGCGUGGUGCUUCUGCUCCACGAGCAUUUUGGCAUGGCCCUUGACGGAGGGCAGAUUUUGGCGGCAGUAGUGGACUUGGCAAUACGCGAAGCACGUAAAUCAGACCGUAUAAGACACUACGACCAAGAGACCAAUGAACUGGGUCUGGAAGAGGGCGGUCGAGACGUUAUCGCAAACGAAUUCGAAGGUGGAAGCACACGCGCUCGUCCCGUCACAACUGUCAGCGCACUCGAGUAUAUCCGGACGCGCUUGGACCCGCCAGCAGUGGCCCUGCUUGCCGCACUUGCGCGGGUGCGCGAGGCGCUUUUCGCGGUGCCGCUUGCAGGCCGUUCCUCGCUGCCGCUUGCGCUUGUGGUCGACGCCGCACAGAAUCUCGCCGACGCCUCUCUUCGGCGCCUUUAUGCUGACGAAGGCGAUGACGAGCUAGUGUGGCCGUUGCUUCAACAGCUCCAGAUUCCCGAGCUCACGGAUCUUGCCAUUGAUCUCGGAGGAACGCCAGUAUUCUAG